AUGUCUUAUUGCCUGGGUAGCACCACAAACGAGGGCAUCGAGCUGUUGGUCACGAUCCAGGAAGCUAAGCAGCUUGCCGGACCCCCCGGCGUCGAUAUCGAUACCUUCGUGAAAGUUUUUAUCGUACCUGACGAGAGCAAAGUGCUGCAGACCAAGGUAUUCAAGGGGUCCAACUGUCCGAGCUACCAGGAAACGUUCAGCUUUUGGAUCACGCAUCAGAACGUUCGCCGAUCGCUUUGGUUUCACGUGUAUCACACCAGUGCCACCGAGCAAACUCUGAUAGGGGAAUGCGAAAUGCAGAUCAACGAGAACGUGAACCGGCCGAUGACUACAUGGCUUAAGUUGGUCGGCCAUUCGAGCCAUAAACGGAGCCAGCUGGGCGAAUUGAUGUUUUCGCUGAGCUAUCUGCCGACGGCCGAGCGGCUCACGGUGGUGAUUGUGAAAGCGCGGAAUUUGAAUCUGAAAAGUGAAGCCGAAAGGCGGUCCAGUCGCUGUUCCUCGGGAAGGCCUUCGUUGACCCAGAGGCAGGAAGCCGUUGAUGGCGGAAGCCUAGAGAUGGGAGAUCCGGAAGAUGGUAGUGGGAUGGAAUCAGUCGUUCCGGUGGAAACGGACAGCGGAAAUGAGAGUAUUUUUGUUAAGGUUUACCUCCUCAAAGACGACAAGAAGGUCUCGAAGAAGAAAACCACCGUCAAGCGGGGCGAACGUUCGCCGAUCUACAACGAGGCGCUGAUAUUCAGCGUCCCACCGUACAUGCUGAACACGAUCCAGAUCCGCUGCUCGGUGGUCCAGAUGGUGAACCGGGGGGAUCCGACAAUCGGUAGCACGAACAACAACAGCAGCAACACCAGCAUCAACCUGAUCCAAUUUGGGAGCCCGGGUGGAGGAAGCAAUCACAGCAGCAACAGCAACAAUAACCCACUCAAUACCUUUAGCAAUGACAAUAGCGGAAAUUUCAACCAGAGCUCGACAACGGGUACAGUGACGCGGAAGUCCAGCAUCAAGCUGGUUUCGAUUGGACACGUGAUAGUGGGCAGUGGAACUACGGGGAAGGGACUGCGUCACUGGCAUCAGAUGUUGACGACCCUGAGGAAACCGGUUACGAUGUGGCAUGCGCUGAAGACCACCUCGGAGCGGAAACGGAAACGGCUCGAGGAGACGCAAUCGAGUGACAAUGGUUGAGGUCCCUUUUGGCAGGGAAAUGACGAUGAGUCAUGUUAGGUUUGAGGGAAAGUUGGGGCUCGGAAGAUCGGUUCAAUUACGGGUAAAUUCCGUAAAAAAACACGUGUUUCGAUUUUUGGAAAAAACGAAAUGAUUAAUGAAACGAACUGGUAUGUUAUGGCAGUUUAAAAUUGUCUAAAUCUGAAAUCUGAUGAUAUGCCAGUAUUAUUACGAAUUAUCGUAGGUAUAUUCCUUUUUAUCAAUUCAAACUUUUUGACAUGAUUUAUCACGUUCUCCUAUGCACUUCAACUUGUCUGAAAGUUUUUUCGACAUAGGUCAAAUCUGCUGCCGAGAGAUUAGAAAAUUUUUGAAUACGUCCGGUCGCUUUUUUUUUUCUUGGUUACUAUUGCA